GAAUGGGAGAGGAGAGCUCGUGCAGGGUUGUGACACGGCUCAGUGAGUGACGCCGGACGGCCGUUAGUCGGCUCGUGCUGGAGUUCAGUGCAGCUGAGGAGAGGCGUGUGGUGGCCAUCAAAAUACCGUUAGAGAUGCUGCCGUUUAUUUGUGAAACAUCAGCCAUUCGUCUUAAUUAUGCUUUGCUACAGUAAAGGAUGGACGGUUAAUGAACGCUGAAUUGCUUUUGUCGGGGAAUUAAUUUGGUUGUUCAAAUCCAUUAUUUGUGUUGAAAUUUGUCAAAAGAGAACCCGCAGCGUUGCAAAUGAUUGGAGUCUGACGGCUUUCCGUUGGAAUUCGUUUCUCCUGCGGGAAGAAGGCGAUUUUCUUGAAGGGAUGUAGACGCAAUAACAUAUAAAAAUGAAUUUGGUAUUGUCUCGAUUGCGUUGCAAACGAUCAACAUUAAAACAAGCUGUUUAAACGGAUGCUUUGUGAAACCAGCUUUCGCCUCUGCAUAGGAUGCUAAAAGUCGGAAUACGAAGGCAGGAAACAGCGGUGGAUUUUACAUUUUAAAAUUGUUUUUUUUUGUUGAUUGAAAAUGGAGAACGAUUUUACCACGCUUGUUGAGCAGUUUAUGUCUGAUCCUUUAGUAACUUGGGUAAAGACUUUCGGGGCGUUAGCUCCGGCAAAUGGUGGAGCACUUUUGGAAUACAUGGAGUUGGUUGAUGGCAUCUUUCUCAGUAACAUAAUGGUUCAAAUCAAUCCUAAAUCAAUAAAUCAAAGACUGAACAAGAAAAUAAACAAUGAUGUGUCACUCCGAAUCCAAAAUUUAUCCUGUUUGGUGCACAGUAUUAAGUCGUAUUAUCAGGAGACACUUCAGCAGCUAAUUAUGAUGUCUCUUCCAAAUGUCCUUGUCCUGGGCCGGACCCCUCUCUCAGAGUGUGGAAUUAACGAGAUGAAGAAGCUUCUGCUGCUGCUGCUAGGUUGCACAGUUCAGUGUGAAAGAAAAGAAGAAUUUAUUGAGAGGAUCAAAAAUCUUGAUUUUGAUACAAAAGCUGCUGUUGCAAUUCACAUUCAAGAGGUGACACAUAAUCAAGAGAACAUCUUUGAUAUGCAAUGGAUGGAAAUAGCCGAUAUCUCCCGUGAGGAUCUUCAUUCCUCCUUCAGAAGAAUGGCAAGUCACCUGAAAAGGCUUGUGGAUGAAAGAGACGAAAAAUGUGAGAUAAUUUUGCAUCUUGCACAGGAGCGUGACUGCACCCAGUCUCCAGUUCAUGGAAUAGCUCAGUCACCUACUGGUUCACCAGGAAUGCAGCGAACUGAGAGCCGACAACAUCUGUCAGUUGAACUGGCAGACACUAAAGCAAAACUCAGAAGGAUUAGGCAAGAGAUGGAAGAGAAAACUGAGCAAUUGUUGGACAGUAAGCAAGAACUGGAGCAGAUGGAAGUUGAAUUAAAAAGACUACAACAAGAGAACCUACAACUUCUGUCUGAUGCUCGCUCUGCUAGAACAUAUCGCGAUGAGCUUGAUUCUUUACGUGAAAAAGCAUUUAAAGUUGAUAAGCUUGAAAGUGCAGUUAUCCGAUACAAAGAUCGGCUUCAUGACAUUGAAUUUUAUAAAGCAAGAACUGAGGAAUUAAAAGAAGAUAACAAAAUCUUGUUAGAGACAAAAAUAAUGUUGGAAGACCAACUUGAGGGAGCCCGAGCCCGUUGUGACAAAUUGCAUGAAUUCGAGAAAGAGAACCUACAAUUAAUGGCUAAAGUACAUGAUAUGGAGAUGGAACGUGACACAGACAGGAAACGUAUUGAGGAGUUAAUGGAAGAAAAUUUGUCUCUUGAAAUGGCUCAGAAACAAAGCAUGGAUGAAUCAUUGCACUUAGGCUGGGAGUUAGAACAGUUAUCCAAAACCACUGAAUUCUCUGAGGUGCCACACAAGUCUCUGGGUCAGGAAGUGAAUGAGUUGACUGCAAGUCGUUUACUUAAGAUGGAGAAAGAAAACCAAGCUCUGCUGAAAACUGUGGAGGAACUUCGCAUUGCUGUGGAUUCUACAGAUGGCAGUAAUUUUAAGUUUUUGGAGCUUGAAAAGGAAAACCAGAGACUAAAGAAAAAGGUGGAGAGGCUCCAGGGAGAAAUCAGCAGUGAAAAAGAAAGUAUGCAAAAUGUUGAGACUCUCACUGAUGACCUUAUAAAAGAGAAGUCCCAGCUUGAAAAAUCUAUUGAAAGCAUUCAACAAAAUGCUGAGCGACAGAUCAAAGUAUUGGAACAGGAGAAUGAGCACUUGAAUCAUACCAUUGCAUCCUUACGGCAACGUGCACAAAUAAGUGUAGAAGCUGGAGUGAAAGACAUUGAGAAAGAAAAUAAAAUCCUCCAUGAAUCUAUUAAGGAAACCAGCAGUAAACUGAACAAAGUAGAAUUUGAGAAAAAACAAAUCCAAAAGGAGUUAGAACACUAUAAAGAAAAAGGAGAAAGAGCAGAAGAGCUAGAAGUCUUUAUGAGUCGCUUGGAAAAAGAAAAUGAACAGUUGCAGAAGAAGAUUACUGGCCUAAUGAUCACAUGUGAAAAAAUAGAUAUCUUGGAGCAAGAGAUCUCUGAUUUGGAAGUGGAAAAUAAUAAGCUGAGAAAGACAUUGGAUGGCCUGAAAAACCUUACUGUGCAAUUGGAUAUUUUAGAAAAAGAAAACAACCAACUUGAGGAUGAAAAUUUGCAGUUAAGGAGGACACUGGAGAACCUGAAGUCUAAUGGUGUCAAGUUGGCACAACUUGAGUUGGAAAACAAAGAACUGGAAAAUGAAAAAGAGCAGUUAAAAAAGAGCCUGGAACUUGUGAAGGCUUGUAACAAGAAAACUGAACGAUUAGAGGUUAGUUAUCAGGGACUUGAUUUAGAAAAUCACAGACUCCAAAAGGCCCUAGAAAAUAGCAACAAAAAAAUUAAUCAAUUGGAAAAUGAACUACAAGACUUAGAAACAGAAAACCAGAGCUUGCAAAGAAAUCUGGAAGAGCUAAAGAUCUCCAGCAAACGGUUACAACAACUAGAGAAAGAAAACAAACUCCUGGAGCAGGAGACCAUUCAACUGGAGAAAGACAAAAAGCAGCUUGAGAAGGAAAAUAGGAGAUUGCGUCAACAGACUGAAAUCAAGGAUUCCACACUGGAUGAAAACAAUAUGACAAUUUCUAACCUUGAGAAAGAGAAUAAAUUACUAAUGAAAGAAAUCAACAAAUUCAAAGACUUCUAUGGACGACUGAAAGAUUUAGAAAAAGACAAUAAAGAGUUAGUUAAACAAGCAACUAUUGAUAAAAAGACUCUAGUGACAUUGCGAGAGGAACUUGUAAAUGAGAAAUUACAUACUCAGCAAAUGAGCAAUGACUUGGAAAAACUCACUCAUGAACUGGAGAAGAUUGGACUGAACAAGGAACGCCUCCUUCAUGAUGAACAAACCACUGAUGAUAGUAGAUAUAAACUUUUGGAGUCGAAACUUGAAAGCACACUAAAAAAAUCUCUAGAAAUUAAAGAAGAAAAAAUUGCCAGUCUUGAAGCACGGUUAGAAGAAUCAACAAAUUUAAACCAGCAACUACGUCAGGAACUAAAGACGGUGAAAAAAAAUUACGAAGCGCUCAAACAGAGACAAGAAGAGGAAAAAAUUGUGCAGAAUGUACAACAUAAGCCUAUUGAAGAAAUUCAUACCACAAAUAAAUGGGAACAAGAAAACCAAGAAGUAACUCGGGAGCUAUUAAAGGUUAAAGACAGACUUAUUGAGAUUGAGAGAAAUAAUGCAACGCUUCAAGCAGAGAAACAGGCGUUGAAAACACAGCUGAAGCAGCUAGAAACCCAGAAUAACAACUUGCAAUCCCAAAUUCUUGCACUUCAGAAACAGACAACAUCAUUGCAGGUGCACAAUACCACCUUGCAGACAGAGAAUGCCAAGUUGCAGGUGGAGCAUUCUACACUGGGUUCCCAAAGUGCAUCCUUGAUGACUCAGAAUUCUCAGCUUCAGAAUCAACAGUUGUCUUUGGAGAAUGAGAAUGAAUUACUGAUGAAAGAAAAGGACGAAUUGAAAUCAUUGUAUGAUUCACUCGUCAAAGAUCAUGAAAAGCUAGCAAAGUUACAUGAGCAUCAGGCAACAGAAUAUGAGAGUCUCAUUAAUAAACAUGGAAGUCUGAAAUUUGCUCAUAAAAAUUUAGAAGUUGAACACAAAGAUCUUGAGGACAGAUACAAUGAACUGCUGAAGCAGAAGGGCCAAUUGGAAGAGCUGGAGACUGUUUUGAAAAAGGAGCAGGAGAAAAUGCGCCAUGAUGCUGAGAAACAUGAAACCAUGAUGCUUGAAUACCAUAAACUUUGUAACGAAAAUGCUAGAUUAAACCAAAUAAACAGCCAUCUGCUAAAGGAGAAUGAAGGAUUGCAAUUGGACCACAAAAAUCUUAAAAGCAUCCUGAAUGGUGGCAAGCUGGAGCAUACACGAUUGGAAGCAGACUUUGCAAAACUAAAGGAACAGUACCAACAGCUGGAUAUCAGUUCCACCAAACUAAACAACCAAUGUGAGCUACUGAGCCAAUUAAAAGGGAAUCUUGAGGAAGAAAACAGGCAUUUGCUAGACCAGAUCCAGACAUUAAUGCUCCACAACAAAUCAUUAUUAGAACAGAGCAUGGAGAGUAAGGAUUUGUUCCAUGUGGAGCAAAGGCAAUAUAUUGAUAAACUAAAUGAACUUAGACGACAGAAGGAGAAACUUGAAGAGAAGAUUAUGGAUCAAUACAAGUUCUAUGAGCCCUCACCCCCUCGAAGAAGGGGCAAUUGGAUUGCCAUAAAGAUGAAAAAGUUAAUGAAACACAAAAAGGAAGGCAACAGAGAACGCAUGAAAUCUCUCACUGGCACCCCAACUAGGUCAGAAUCAAGUGAUGGAUUUCUUCAGCUGCCUCAGCAUGAUAGUCAAGAUAGCUCUUCUGUAGGAUCUAACUCUCUUGAUGAAGGUCACUCAGCCAAGAAAAGCAGUAUGGCCACACUGAAAAGACUGCCCUUUAUGAGGAACAGACCGAAGGAUAAAGACAAAAUGAAGGCCCUCUACCGUCGCUCCAUGUCUAUGAAUGAUCUGCUCCAGUCUAUGAUAUCAGCAGGAGUUCAAUGGUCAGGUAGUUCUGAAAAUUUGGAGGAGUCUAAUGAGUCUGGAGGGCAGAGGACAGAAUUGGGGUCCAUGGCAUUUUCCACAACGGCUAUUAAUCUCACCACUACAAACUCUUCUGUCUUCAGAUCCAAGCAAAGACUUCAGCCUAAAGGCAUUGCUUCCAAUGAAGAUUUGUUAUCCAAUGAACCAAACCUUAACAAUUCUGGAACUGGAUCAAGAAGUCGAGCUUCCAGACCAGCCAGCCUUGAUAGUAGCAGGACAUCCAGUAGCAAUAACAAUAAUAAUGCUUCAGCCCACGAUGCAAAAGCAGGUGCAGCUUAUGGCAGACACAGUAGGUUUCAAAGUCAUAGCAGCGGAGAAUGUUGUUCAGCUGAUGACAGUCACUUAUUAUCAAACAGUGGCCUUUCAUCUGGUCACCAUACACAAAAUUUGAAAAAAGACAUUUCCUUCCAAAAGAAAGAACAUAGGGUUGAUGACACCCAAAAUUGUUCUCUGCAAAGGAAUAAAGCCACGUCACCUGGGAGUGAAAUAGUUACCUUACAGCAAUUUCUGGAGGAAAGUAACAUAAACCAAUCAUCACAGAUACAAUCUGAAGGUUGUGAGAAUCUUUUAGAUAGUGUUUUCACAAACACUGCAGAUCUGCCAGAACUAAUUGGAACUGAGAAAUUGAAUCACAGUCUUAUCAAUAAUAGUGCUACUGUCAGAUCACCUAGAGGAAGCGAGAAUGACUCUUUAAGUAGCAAGUUACAAAAGCCUGGUCAGUAUGUAAAGCCAAGUCCUCGAAAUCCAGACCACAUAUGCAUUACAGACACCUCAGAAGACACAACAUCUUUAAACCAAGGAAAGAGUGUGUCUAUUUGCAAAUUGCCAACUGUGCCACACCAACCAUCCCAAAUAGACUGCACCACUUCUACUCUACCCCGUGCAAGUCAUGUGAUUUCUACAGCAGAAGGUUCAAGUCGAAGAACAAGCAUCCAUGAAUUCAUGUCAAGAGACAGUAGAGCACCUGUGUCGAUAGAUCCUUCUCCAGGGAAAGUGAUAACAAGCACUCAGACAUUACCCAGUGAGUACCAAGUAAAUCAUUACCACCCAGCUCAUUUUCCUCACCAUGUUGCUUACCAUAAUCAAACAGCAUCUAAUUUGCAGAAAUCACAAUUAAUCCAACCACAUGGGAAUAGUCAGUCACUAGAUUUUGACUUAAAUCCAGUAAACACCAAGAGGGUUUUUUCUGCUUCAAAUAGUGUGAAAGACCAAAUCACUUCAAAAUCAGCCUCAUCCCUUGGGCUAGGUAUUGUAUCUGGAACCAUAGCUGCAGAAUCUGACCCAAUUGGAAUGGUUUCAUUUACUAGUGUUCACCUUUCUUCAUCCAAUUUAUCCACUAAUCCUAUCAGUAUGCUGCCUCAGAAACCCAAAGCACGCCCAACUGAUAUCGCUUUGGUGUCACCAAUUAAAACAGAACAGCCUGCAGAGGAAAAUCAAAGUGUUAUUCUUUCAAAAUCCACUGAUGAACUGUUUAAAUUUGAGAAUCAGGAGAGUAGUGGAUUAAAUUCUCUUCUUAUCAGUGAUACAUCCCCCUCUGGUGAAGAAAGUAUGAAUGUCUCUGUUUCCCCUUUAGUAAUGUCAGAAGACAAACAGACUGUAUGGUAUGAAUAUGGAUGUGUUUAACUGACAUUAUCAAGGGACUGUAAACAAUUACCAGUUUGAAAAUUUUUAAAUAGUAGGGUCCGGAAAAGUGGAAAAAAAAGAACAGUGAGCUACUAGGCAAAAUGACAACAUUUACUGUGUAAUAUUGGUCAGAAAUGGAAUAAAAUGCAAGGUAUUUUGUUGAAUAUAGAGAUCAAAUUAGACUUUUUGUUGUCAUGUAUUUAGCUUCUCUUUUGAUGUUGAUGCAUUGAAAAACUAGACCUCGGGAUUUUGUUCAAAAUUGUGUACGUUCAUUUCAUUUAGUAGUGCAUCUGUUGAAACCUUAGCACUUAAUCAUACUUUCAUUAGCAAUUUAAUUUAUAUUUUGAACCAUUUGGACUUGAUCCUCUUUAGUCAGAAUCUACUUUAAAAGUAUCACUUUUUUUUGAAGGAAGUUCGUCUGUCUUCUGAACACAAGAUCGACGUACUAUAAUGCUCACAGCUGGUGUUAAGCAUUUUCUUAAUUAUUUCUUAGAUGUAUAAAAGAUCCAAAGUUCAAAUUUAAAUGCAUUUUGAUAAGGAAGACGUCCUGUUGUGCAUGGAGAAACAGGGUGUUUUAAAGUUAAUUUGGCUCUAUAAAAAUUUCUCUACUGCAAAGAAUUCUACAUUCUUUGUUUAUUAUUUUUCUGACAUCGUACAAAAAAUGGUUAUUAAGUUGUAGUAUAUUUGAUGGUUUCAGAAAUCAAAAUACACAAACUUCCCAUGCCACAUGAUACACAUUCAUGGUUCCCCUCAUGAUGAGUUAUUAAUUUCAACUGGGCUGCAUAGGGUAGUAUAGAGAGAAAAGUUGAUGAUUUUUACAAAAAAUGUAACAAUUGGGGGGGGGUGGAAAGGGGUAAGUAUGGUUUGGUUGGAGAAUUACAGAAACCCCAGAGAAACAAACAGAAGAGAAUUGAGUAAUCUUAUAAACAUGUAACGUGGAAGCAGAAAAACAGCCAGUUUUUGUAUUCCUUAAAAUUUUAUGUUUCACACAUAGUUGUUAAAUCAGAUAUAAUGGUGAACAAUGAAACUUCAACAUUUCUUCUUACUAAUUUACACAAGCUAUUACACAAUACUUCUUGGAGGAAACAAAACUGCAAGAUUUAACUGACCAAAUAGUAGCUUAAGUUCGUAAGAUGUUAAAUGCUAGUGAUACCGAUGUUCCAUGAAUAAAAGUAAUUAGAUUACAAACUUUUAAUAUUCUGUCAACAUUUUCAAAUACUCGUGUUGCCUGUCUUUUCUGUACAGUGGAAGUAAAAACUUUUGGGAUUCAGAAAUAACCUUGACAGCAGAAAAGCUUUAUUGUUAACUUUAAUUGAGAAAAUGUUUCGCACUUACUAAUAUUAAAAAAAAUUGAUAUUCUCUUGCAUGUUUUGAAUCUUGCAAAUCCAGCCUUUUGCAUGCAUUUUUUUGUAUUUGCAAUCCAGAUGUUAUUAGACAUAAAAAUAUGCAAAAGAAAACCAGGAGUGGGCCAUAUAAACCCUAUAAGCCUGAUGUGUCUCAUCCUUUUGGCCAUCUUGUUAUUAAAAAAAUCUAUUGAUUAUACUGAAUUACUUAGCAUCCAUGGGCAUCUGAGAUAGAGAAUUCCAAAGAUUAAGACAUUUCUCCUUACUUUAUCCUAAAUAACUAUAAAGCAGAUAAUUGCAUGUUAUUAGAGAACCUUGCAGCACAAAUAUGGUAAACAUAUUCAUGUGGCUAUUAAGUUGCUCGGCAUCUGAGUUUUCAGAUGUUUGCUUUGGGAUAGACAGGAAACAUGAUGUAAUUGGUUGGAUGAAUUUUUAUCAAAACUAAUGAUGUGAAAAGCUUAGAUGUAAAGGACCAACCUAAAAUGAGUCAUGAGUUUGUGAAGUUGCUAGUAUGUUUUAUGUAAUUUCACAAUUUGCCACAAAUUACAGAAGGUUUGAUUAAUAGAAGAAAAUUGAGUAAACAACAUUUUCCCUUUAUGUUUCAUUGUGUUGUACUUGAUGCUGAUUUGGAUGUUCAGUAACUUCAAACCUGGCCCAACAUCAUUCACCUCAACAACUUUACACUUUAAAGCUAGAAAUAAACUCCAAUUUGCAACUGAUCACAUUAGUUACUUGCCAAAUUACCUUUAGUUUUUUCACUUUGGUUUCACUGUUUGAAUCUCAUUUCUAAAUAUAGGCAAGCUUUUCAACAAACUACAAAUUAUGACUUUUAUACUAAGCAAUUAUCUAGUACAAUUUCCUUUAAUGUUUAGAAUCUGCUCUGUUCAAAGAACAUUCAAAAUAGUUAUUAACUUGCAUCUAUAUCCAAGUUUGUGGUCAUAAAUCUUUCUCAAAUAUCUUUGAUUUAAUUCAAUUAAUCUUGCAGUGAGCAAGCUGCAUUAUAUAGAAAUGUGGAAAUAUAAAUGAAAGAGUUAUUAAGAUAGUUACAUAGGAUAUAAAAGCAUGUGCCAUUAACUAAUUACUUGGUUUACCAAAAAAUAUAUUGGUGUGCAGAUUAAAUUAAAAUUCAUUGAACUAUUAAAUGUUGGAGAAAUGAGAGCCAGUAGCAAACACCUGCCGGUCUCUCAACUGAUACAUUAAGAUCAGCAGUUAAAUAUACUGUGGUAUAUAUUAUUUCAAAACAAUGAAUAUGAUAACAGUAAAUUUAAUUUCACUAUUAAUGUUAUGCUGUAAUUACUAAAAAGCCUGAAGGGUUCCUUUAAAGAAUAUUGCAAAAUAGAUAUGUUAAAAUAAUGAAACAACGUGUCCUUAGGUAAAUGAGAUCUGUAGAAUAUACUUUUGAAAAGAUUGAUUAAUUUCUUAAUUUAGAGAGUUAAAGGACAGUUUCUAUUUAAUGUUUAACAAUGCUGUCAAAGAUCAACAUCUAAAAUGGAUGUUUGUUACAAUGAGACAACCAAUUUAAUAUAUAAGAGUCAUAUCAUGGACCAUCAUAGUUUUUGUUAAAAAAAAUAAAAUAACUUUAUCAAAUGUUCACUGAAACAUUAGUUUUUGUUAAAAAAGAUAAAAUAACUUUAUCAAAUGUUCACUGAAACAUUGCAGUCAAAAUAAGUUUGUCGAGAAGUCGGUAAAGGGAUUUAGUUGUAUUGUUUCCAAAUAUAUGAGUAAUCCUGUUUUUUCCUAUGUUUCAAACAUUACAACAUAUCUACAGAGACAGUUGAAUUAAUCUAAUAUGAAAAUCUUGUUCUAUUUAACCAAUCUAUGAAUUCCAAGUAUUACACCCAUCACAGGGCUUGUUUUUGAGCAGAGCUGGUUCUAAAAGAUCAUAGCUUUUGCCUCUUUUUGUUUCAGUAAACUUAAUACUAAAGUUAUGUACUUGUGUAGGGAAAAAAUAAAAUUAGCAUUGAAGGCUGCAUAUGAUCUAUGUAUUUGUAAUGUUGAUUUAA